AUGUUGUUCGAUCAAGUAAUAGACACUUUCAGUAUAUUUGGGUCCAGGUUGGACGGAUUUCCGAAUGUGAUAUCGAUUAUACUAGCUGUUGGGGCACUCGCCCUGAUUGCCGACUAUGGGUACAUGUUGUGGAUGCGACUCAAGAUGCCACCUGGGCCUCUGCCCUGGCCAAUUGUGGGUAACACCUUCAUGUUGCCGGACAACAAGCCAUGGAUCUGGUUCGAGGAGCUGUCCAAGAAGUACAAUGUACCCCUUGUGACGGUCUGGAUCGGCAGAAACCCAACCGUCUGGAUCAACGACGCCUGGACCGCUUCGGAAAUCUUCGAAAAGCGCGCGGGCAUCUACUCCUCCCGCCCACGCAUGCUCGUCUUCGCCGAGCUAGGCGCCGGCCAAUCCAACCUAGUCAACAUGUACACCUUCACCCCCUCCCAACGAGACCGCUGGCGCGUCCACCGCAAACUGAUGCACCAUGGCGUCGGCGUGCAGCAAGUGCGUCGCUACCGUGACUUCCAGAACAACGAGAGCAAGACCGUGGCGUACGACUUGCUGUCCUCUCCCGAGGAUUACGUGAAACACUUCGAGCGCUACGCUACGAGCGUCGUCAGCAUCAUUGCUUUCGGUCGUCGGGUCGAGAGUAGCCAGGACCCGAUUAUCACCGAGGUCAUUGCUAGUAUGCACCUUGCCGCCGACCUCAACGUGCCGGGGAAGAGCUUCCCCAUGCUGAUGGAGACCUUUCCCCUGCUGGCAAAGGUGCCCAAUGCCAUUGCGCCGUGGAAGCACGGCCUGGGCCGCAAGCGCGGGUUUCCGUUUUUCUAUGCGCUGGCCGACGAGGCAGCGCAUAAUGGAUCGCACGAGGACACAUACGUGAAGCACGUGUUUGGCGAAAAAGAGAAGUACAACUUGGAUGUCAACGAGAUCUCGGCGCUGACGGGGAACUUGUUUGGUGCUGGCUCUGACACGAGUAGUAGCACCCUCAUCACUUUCAUCCUGGCGUGCGUAGCUUUUCCCGAGACUUUGGUCCCCGCCUGGGAGGAGCUCGAUCGUGUGGUAGGGACGCAGCGGAGUCCCGGGUGGGAAGACGAGGAACAAUUACCGUACAUCAGGGCAUUCGUAAAGGAGGUGUUGCGGUGGCGGUCUGUGGCGAUUAUCGGGGGGCAACCGCAUGCGCCAACGCAGGAUGAUGUGUAUAAGGGGUGGUUUAUACCAAAGGGGACGUGGAUACAGGGGAAUGUCUGGGCGAUUCAUCACCAUGAUCGCGAGUUCCCCGAUCCAGAUCGGUUUAAUCCCGGCCGGUACCUGACGGGAAGUGAGGAUAGUCGGCCGUUUCCGAAUGAAAAGGGGUAUAUGACUUUUGGGUGGGGAAGGCGGGUUUGCUCGGGGCAGGCGCUGGCGGAGCAGGGGACCUGGAUUACGGUCGCGAGGUUGCUUUGGGGGUUUAAUAUUGAGAAGAAAAGACGUGCAGAUGGGAGUUUGGUUGAGGUGGAUAUUUUUGAUUAUACGAAUGGGCUCAACAUGCGUCCCCAGCCAUUCGAGUGCAGUAUCACGCCUCGAUCGGAAGAGAUCCGAAAGACGAUUGAGCGGGAGGGCAAGCAGGCCCUGGAGGAACUGGAACAGUACAGAGGCGAGACAAAGUACCGCAUGUCCACCUUUUACCAGAAGAAUGAGUUGCUUUUCAAACAGUAUAUGGGUCAGAAGUAG